CCCGGAGCCCGCGGGAUGAUUCUGGGGAGCCUGAGCCGGGCAGCCCCACUCCCCACCAUGCUGCGUGCGCCCCCCGCCAUGAUCCAGCCACCACUGGACAUCAAGCACUUCCUGCCCUUCCCCAUGGAGGCGCAGCCAGCUGUGGGCCUGUUCCCGGGAUUCAGCACGAUGGAUCCGGUGCAGAAGGCGGUGAUUAACCACACCUUCGGGGCACCCCUCAGCAAGGCCCGGCGCCCUGUCAUCUCCUGCAACGUCUGCCAGAUCCGCUUCAACUCAGAGAGCCAGGCUGAGGCGCACUACAAGGGGAACCGACACGCCCGGCGCGUCAAGGGCAUGGAGGCGGCCAAGACACGGCAGAAGGAGUCGGGGCCCCGCGAGGGUGACAAGCAGGGACCCAUGAGCAGCCCCAUGUCCAGCGUCAGUGAGAGCGACUCGGACAAGCCAGCUGAGCAGCAGAACGGGCUGGGGGUGACCGUGCCCUCGGCGCCCACCUCGCCCUUCAAGCCGCCCUACCUGGCGUCUCCGGUCCCGGCCGUGCCACCCUACCAGGCCUCCUUUGCUGAAGCCAGCCAGGAGCCCAGGGGCAUGCUGGCCAAGGGGAAUGUGGCAUCAGCACCCGCUGGCACCUCUGUGCCCAGCAGCAACGGCAAUGUGGGACCAGGGGCAGCCUCCAACUCAGACGAGGAGAAGGCCAAGAAGCUGCUGUACUGUGCCCUCUGCAAGGUGGCCGUGAACUCCCUGUCGCAGCUGGAGGCUCACAACAAAGGUACCAAGCACAAAACCAUCCUGGAGGCUCGCAGCGGGCUGGGGCCCAUCAAGGCAUACCCACGGCUGGGCCCCACGGCCAGCGGGGAGCCAGGCAGCCAGGACCCCAAUGCUCAGGAGCGCACCUUCCACUGUGAGAUCUGCAAUGUCAAGGUCAACUCGGAAAUCCAGCUCAAACAGCACAUUUCCAGCCGGAGACACAGGGAUGGGGUAGCCGGGAAGCCCAACCCCCUGCUAAGCCGGCACAAGAAGCAGCGCAGCUCGGCGGAGCUGGGGGGCCCCCUGGCCUUCCCCAAGGACCUGCCGAAGUCGCUGGCGGCCGGACUCCUGCCCAGCCCCUUGGCCAUGGCGGCCGCGAUGGCAGCCGUGGCCUCUGCUCCCCUGACGCUGCGUCCAACACCCCCACUCCUGCAAGGACCCCCCCUGACGCACCCGCUGCUGCGUCCGGCCCCGGGGCCCAUCAGAACUGCUCACGGGCCCAUCCUCUUCUCACCGUACUGACGCCCGCUGCCGCGCCCCUCGAUGCCCAUCUCUGCUGGACCCGCCCGGUGCCCGCCCAAGCUCCCGGGGGCUGGGCAGGGGCUGGGCGGGGCUUGGGGCCUUUUGUUUGUGGCUUUUUAACUGGAAUUCGGAUCCUUUUUCCCCAGAAGAAAAGGGACAAGCCCAUUCCCUGCCUGCCCCCAAGCUCCAUCCCCCCAGACCCAGCCAAUUCUGCACAAGUGCUGGGCCCCCCGGGGAAGCGGCCAAGGGGACCCCCACAGCUCCCUUCAUUGCUCUUUUCUCCCUAGUACCAAGGGUGGUGGUGGGGGAUCUGAAUAUUGGGAGAAGGAUGGGGGAAGGGAGAAGCCCCCCCGUCAGACUCCAUGGAGUGUCAGGUUGGGGGCGACCCCGGUUUGGGGGGAGGGUCCCUCUGUACCUCAGGGAACUGAUCGCAAGCAAUCUCUUUUGUAUCUCUCUGCGGGGAGGCGUCCCUGUCCCUCCCAGAGCUGGGGGGGCUCCCUAUAGCCCCCAAGCAGGAUCCACACGGGGGCAGGGAGCCCCCCAGACACACAAGCCAUGUCCACUUGCACUGAGAGGCGCGAAGCUGGGAGCCCAGGGAUGCCCGUCCCCCCUGGGCUUGCGGCCUGCCCGGCCCGCCAGGAGAACGGACACCAUUGCAAUAACGUUGGGGCCUGGGCCACCCCAUGUACAUAGCGCCCCACAUCCCCUCGUGCUUCCUCCCACUGCCCACCAUGGCCAGCAGCCUGCGGCCCACACUGUGCCCCCCACACCUGCCCCUCUACCCUUCGGAGCAGGAGCUUUGUGUCUAGAGGUAGCGCCCUCCCACUCCAUCCCCCUGGAGCCACUGGCUGGACCUGGCCUGAGCCCCCUGCCUUGGGGCCAGGAGUGGGCAACGUGAGCGCAGCCUUCGAGGGGAAGCCCCGAGCUUGGGUGAUUUUUAUCAGCUGUACUGAGAAUAAGGGGGGUCUCCCAGCUGGCGGGGUGGGGGGCUGGCCGCCCUGUGGGGUAGGACUAGGUGGGGGUCCCCCCAAGCAGCACGCUGUGGGGCACCUGCUCGGAUGCUGCAGGGGCAGAGCCCCAGCUGGACCCUGGGGGUCUGAUCCAAGUGAAUCAGGGGAACCCAGCCUGGGUUGCUUGGGUACCUGGCUGUCACCGCCCUGGGGCUGCAGCCCACGCUAGGCCUUGGCCAUGCCCUCUGCCCCCUGGCCUGAGGGGCUCAGCCCAGGCAAUGGGCACAAGCUGAAUCACCCUUUGCCCUGCCGUGGGGCCCCUGCUACCCCAACAGGGAGUGGGGGUGGGGGGUCCCUGUGCCAGGGAGCAGGUGGCACCCCAAGUUCCAGCCAGGACACCUCCCCUCUUACCCCCCAUGUUAGAGGAUCUGCUGGCCAGACCCUAGCUCAAAUACAUGGGAUGGAGAGGCUGGGGUUAGGGUGUGUAGGGGAUAGGGGGUGCCCCUUGAGGGCCAGUGGAAGGGAUGGGGUGCUGGAGGGGCCACAGGAAGGGAUAGGGGUGCCCAACAGGUGCUGGGGAAGGGAUAGGGUGCAGAGGAGCCACAGGAGGAGAUGGGGGCACAUCGGGGGGACAGGGGCACAUCAGGGAAAGGGAUGUGUGGGGUGCCCAUCGUGGGGGCAGGGGAAGGAUGUAGGGAUGGGAUGGGAGGUGCCCAUCGGGGGGUAGGGGAAGGGAUAGAGUGCCCAGGGGAGGGGUGGGGUGUGCCCAGGGGAGCUCCAAGUGCAGCUGGAAAACUGCUGCCCCAGAUGCAGACUUGCACAGGGCUGUUGUGAUGCUGUUGCCAUGGCGGCCGCCCCCCAGCAUGUCCCCACCCCCUCAUGGGGCCACCGGAAGCCGUUCAGAGGGGGGCUGUGAGCCAGCAGGCUGACCACAGCGGGAGCCUUUGCCAGAGAGGCCAGGUCAUUUCCGGGAGACUAACCAGCCUUCCUCCCCUCCCCCGCUAGGCCCCCCAGCCGUUAAAUCCCAGACACUUGUUAAAUGCCUGGGGCUGGCAGUGCCAGGUGUGUGAGGGGGGCAAUACGAAAACAGCCCCUCAUC